AUGCAGCUGCUCCGCGCGGUCCUCGUCACGACGUCUAUUGCGGACUGGACGCCGUCGCUCGACCCCAUCCGCGCGACGCUCCAGUCGCUGGAGUGCCUCGACGCCGCGGAGACGCUCGUCGUUGCCGACGCGUUGCCAUCAGAACGGGAAGCGGAGGCGCUGUCGCCGCUAGAUGGAGACAAGUGGCGCCAACUAUAUGAAGAGAAGGCGGAGGCCUACGAUACUUAUUUACACGACCUGCAAACACUGUGCGACGCGCGGCCCGCUACCAGAUUGCUCCGUCAGGCGACGUUCGGGCACCUCGUGGGCUCCGUGCGCGCGGGCUUCGACAAUCUAAAAUGCGAUGCGGACGACGUUGUGUUAAUAACGCAGCACGACCUGGCGCUGUCGAGGGCGCCGCCCGUCGAGGACGUCUGCGAGCUACUCAAACAAAAGGAUGUGGACUACGUGCUUCUUUCCAGAGACGCCGACGGCGCGCCGCGCUUCGUGGACUGGUUCUAUGCCUCUCCACGAGAGUUUGACGGGGCGCAGCGUUUGCAACGGGGCCUCGCGGCCGCCGUGUCUCUCGACGGGGGCUACGCCGACCAGACGCACUUUAGUACAAGAAGAUGGUACGACGAGUCCGUGUUCCCCCACCUACCAGAAGGGGGCACAUGCAUGGAGCACGUGUUGCAUCCGGCGCCUGUUGCUGUGUGGAAAUCAAAAGUUCACGGCGCCUUGCCAUCGACUCCUGCUCGAUGGCGUGGCGGUGCCGGUUGCUCAUUGCUCGACAGAAUUAUCGGUUGCACCCGACACACUUGUUGAUUUCCACACAGGCCGGCGUCGCGCGGCGGGGCGUCAAUUUUGACGAAAGGCACGUACGCCCUCGAGCACGGCCCCCACCUGCGCGACGCGGUCCACGGCCUCAUCACGAAACGUACAGAAAAGUACCUGCCCGGUUUGACAUGGCAGCCCGUUUCGGAACCAGUGAAGAAGCCGGGCGCGUGGUCCCAGGUCUUCUGGCGCUCCAAUCGGUGGGCCGGCGCGGCGAACCGGGAAGACGGCGACUAUUCAUCAAGGGCGGACCUCGUGGCCUUUGUCGAUGAGGUGUGUAGGUGGCGUGUCGUCGACGAGCAGUCGAGAAGCGUACGCGCCGUCUCCAUUUUAGGUGAUGACGUCUGCGCCUCCUUCGAGUCAAGCGUAGAGGCCUUUUCCGUGAAAGACGGGCGGCCCACGCGCCUGCCGUGGGAUUGUGCGUCGCCGGUGCUGGCGCUCGCGGCGGAUGACGUUCAUGUCUACGCGGGUUGCUUCGACCGGCGGGUGCGCUGUGAGGACUGGACGGGGCCGCCGCUGUCGGGCUGGGCGCGCGCCCUGACCGUGCUGAAUGGUGCUUUAGUUCAGGUAGCGUGCGAGGCCGCCGUGCUCGUAAAAGACGGCGUCGUCGUCAGAACGCUCGACGCGGGUCCGACGACGAGCGACGAGGAAGAGUGGAGACGGCACGACAUCUGCGCGCUGGGUUCUUCCUCCACUUAUGUGGUCGCUGGUUUGGUUGACGGCAGUCUGAGGCGCUGGUCGACCGAAGACUGGGCGAUGGACGUAUUACCAAAUGCUCUAGUAAAUAGGGCCGUCGGCGUCGCCGUGUUCGAGGACGGUGCGGUCGUGGCCUGCGACGCGGCAGCCGUCAAGCGCUUUUGGACGUCAGACGCGGCCGAGUGGCGCGCGCCGGCCAAAAUAGCGGCCUUCGCCUCCUUCGAAGCAACGGUCGCCGUCGGGUUGACCAACGGCGAGGUGUGGCUCCUGGACGCGGCGACGCUCGCGCCGCUCCGAAGCGUCGAGGCGUCCGAAGCUGGCGUCGCAUCCGUCGCGCUUUCUAGUGACGUGCUCGUCGUCGGGGACGCGGAGGGGGUUGUCGUGGCGUUUGAUUUGUAA